CUUGCGACCUCGGCUAAGAGUUGGAGCAUCUCGGUCUGGCGACUUGGCGUGGCGCGCGAGCUCGGGUACAAGAAGUCGCUCCAGCCUAAACUUUGACAAGAGAAGUUCUGAUGGCCGAGGGCUGCUGAAGACAGUGAAGAGAGGUCAAGAGUGAGGGACGCCCGCAGAAAACGUCACCAGAGCGCACCGGAAGCGGCCGAGGAUGAAGAGUGUGGUCUACCAUGCCUUUUCUCAGGAAGAGGCCAAAGAGUUCGACGUUCAGGUACAAUGCAUGGCAGGAAGUCUGGGAGCAGCAGAGCUUCUGGGAGCCCAGCAGGCCGAGGCCUUCGUGAGGGCCUUCCUGAAGCGCAGCACGCCCCACAUGAGCCAGCAAGCCCGUGAGGACCAACUGCAACGCAAGGCUGUGGUCCUGGAGUACUCCACUCGCCGGAAGCAAAAAGAGAAGAAAAAAAAAUCCAAAGGCCUCUCCGCCAGGCAGAGGAGGGAGCUGCGCCUCUUUGACAUUAAGCCAGAGCAGCAGAGGUACAGUCUUUUUCUCCCUCUACAUGAACUCUGGAAACAAUACAUCCGAGACCUGUGCGGUGGUCUCAAGCCAGACACGCAGCCACAGAUGAUUCAGGCCAAGCUGUUAAAGGCAGAUCUUCAUGGGGCUCUUGUUUCAGUCACAAAAUCCAAAUGCCCCUCCUAUGUGGGUGUUACAGGAAUCCUCCUACAGGAAACAAAGUACGUUUUCAAAAUCCUCACCAAAGAAGACCGCCUGAAAGUUGUCCCCAAGCUAAACUGUGUGUUCACAGUGGAAAUCGAUGGCUUCAUUUCCUACAUUUAUGGAAGCAAAUUCCGGCUUCGGUCAAGUGAGCGAUCUGCCAAGAAAUUCAAAGCAAAGGGGACAGUUGACCUGUGAGGUCUUUGCUGUGGAGACGAUUGUGACCCCAAGGUCAUUGAGAGAAAAGCCUGGCAGGAUAAGCACAGGUUGACCUGACUGGUGGCAUGAUUAGGUUUUUAUUUUGCAUCCUUUUCUGUGUCUCCUGAGUGUUCUUUGAUGAAUCCGCUGUUUAUGUAAUCAUAAAACAUAAACAAAUCCCUGAGUUUUUCCUUUUGCUCCAGGAGAAGCAGCAGUGCCGGUCACUUGGCUUUGUCCGUGUGACCCGCUGGGCCCCCGCACUGGAGGAGAAAGGCCCUGGGGAGGGAACGCGAACUCCGACUCUGACGGGAGAGCAGGAAGGCCUCGCUUGGGGCCACUGCGCCUCCCCGAGGUUCAGGGUGCGCCCGUCCGUGUGGGGUCCGUGGCUUGUCAGGUCCAGGGUCGGCUCGGACGCGCUCCCGCUGCCGCCAUCAGUCCCUGUGCUGUAGGUCGCAGGUCCCAGCACCACCAGGGACAGGGCAGCUGGCCCGGCUGCUGAGCCCUGUGCUCGGAUGGCCUGGUUUUGCCAAAACGGACUCAGCCUCCGUGCUCGCUCGGCCAGGGCCUCGCCACCUGAGAGCAUUGAGCUGGGAUUUGACCCCCACGGUCUGGCUGCAGAGCCAUGCUUUUGACCACAGGGAUGAGAAGACCCUGCUUUACGUGUGAACGUGGUCACCUGGGCUCCGCUGAGGAGGUCCCUGCCUUCCACAGAGUGUCCGAAUGUGCCACGCGGGUAACGGCCUGGGUGCUACGACUCCCUCAAGCACUCUGCUCGUGCCCACUGCCCUGUAAGGGAAAAGGCGGCCAGCGUGUAAACAUGCAGCUGCUUUCCGGAAUCGUUGGUGCCACUUGGCUUGUGAAAUCGGGUUUUCAUGGCGCAGACUCCAGUUUCCGUGUGAAUGGCUGUUGCCUUAGUAGCCUUCUCUCCCCCCUUCCCCAUGGACACUUGACAAAGAACACUCACCACUGUCCUGCCUGUUUCCAGGAUGCCCUUUUGUCCCCACAGCCCACCCGGCGGCCACCGGGUCCUGUGCCCUGAGGACCGUGCCGUCCCCCGAGGGCCCAGGCCAGGCAGGACGCCGGCCCCCAGGGAGCAUCCCAAUGAAGCUGCGCUAGCUGCUCCCCAGAACCGGGCUGAGGCCUCAGCUGUGGCACAGGGCCGGUGGGUGGGGGGCGCUGUGGUAGCUUGCAGUCCAGUCUCCCACCUCCACUGCCCCGGGAGCAGGGCCCCAGUACAGCUGCGGCCUUGGAGGUUUGGGCCUGUGGGAGACACAGCUACACCGGCCUCAUGUGUCAGUCCACGCAGCGGAGAAACCGGAGAGGCCCGCGGAGCAGCAGAGUGGUGACCACCUCGGGAUGAGACUCAGGAGCCCCGGGGCCAGGAGACCGCAGCCCAGGGACCCACUGGUCUCUAAGAAGUGAGUGGACCCGAGGGCCCUUUAUAUUCCCCAGAGCCGAGUCUGUGUGUGGAGGACCGGACCUUAGUGUAGGGCCCACAGAGGACAGGCCGGAGCCUCUCCAGAGGAAGAAAAGGAUGAAGCACCUGGAGGGGAAGGUGAGGGACGGCCCGGGUCAUGGCCACUGUGUUAGCUUGGACUGCCGUAACAAAACUCUUCAGAUGGGCUGUGUAAACAACAGAACAUUCUUCUGCACCGCUCCAGAGGCUGGAAGUCCAAGAUUAAGGUGCCCUCAAGGUUGGGGUCUGGUGAGUGCUUUUUCCUCGGCCACCUUCUUG